AUGGCCACUGCUUUUUACACUGUUGAAUGGAUUGCUCCUAUGGAACCCAACCCUAGGACAUCUCCCUUUGAUCCUGAUCUAUUGAAACUAUUAUAUGCUUAUUCUCCUCCUGCUGUCCGAUACUUCCACGUGCCCACCAUGGGUGGUAUCAGAUUGAGUUGGAAAGCAAAGGAAGAUGAGCAUGAUGCUGAACAAGUCACCCUCCGUCUUGAACAAUAUUCCUCUGCUGCCUUCCAAGCUGCUGGAUUUGAUUUAACUGCCAGGAAUUUGCUUUUCCUUAAAAACCAGAACAUACGGAACUAUAUCAUUAGUCUGCUUCAAGUUGCUCAUAAUGAAGGGGUUGAAGAAGAUGUUGACAGUGAUACAGGCACUGAAAAUAGUCCUAUUAUAAUUUCUUCUGAUUCAGAGUAUGAAGACUCUUGA